CCGGUCCAUUCCACGCACUAAGCGGCCAGCCCGUCUCAGAGCAAGCCUGCCUGCCUGCCUGCCUGCCUGCCUGCCUGUCUUCUGGUCCCUCCCUCCCUUCCACCACCAUCCACCCCCUCUGCUUCCCCUCUUUCCCCUCCUUUGUACCCGAUACCGCAUUAUCUAAUCCACGCCACUGUCAUUGGACCACCCCGACCACUCCAAUCCUUUGACUCAGAUUCCCAGCCAAGCAUGUCCGAAAGAGGCUCGUUCCGUGGUGGUGCCCGCGGCCGCGGCGGAGGUUACGACCGGGCUGGCGGCCGUGGCGGCCACAAGGGUGGCGGUGCCGGUGGCGGUGCGCAACAGCAGCAGGAGAAGCCCAAGAAGGAGAACAUCCUCGACCUGACCAAGUAUAUGGACAAGGAGGUGCGCGUCAAGUUCAACGGCGGACGUGAAGUCACCGGUCUUCUCAAAGGAUAUGACCAGCUCAUGAACCUGGUCCUGGACGAUGUCAAGGAGGGCAUGCGCGAUGACGAGGGCAACGAGAACACCCGCUCUCUUGGCCUGAUUGUGGCCCGUGGCACCUUGAUUGUCCUGAUCUCGCCCGCCGACGGCAGCGAGGAAAUCCCCAACCCCUUCGUGCAGCCGGAAGAGUAAGCCUAUGGCCCACAUGUACCAGCUAGAUGGUGCCUGCGUGCUAUGUCCGUUCGCGACCAGCCGUCUGGCGCACCCACGUCGAGAAGAGCGACGCUGGCUGCGCGGGGCGUGCCCCCAACCCUCCCGAUUCAGAUGGACAGUGGUGGUCGACGAGUCUUCUAUCUGUUCAUGACGUUGGACUCUUGCCGAGAGCUGGGGGAUUGAUUUCACUCUACGAAGACAGACGAUGGAAUGUAUUAUGUGCGCCAUGAGCGUUGAUCUGGAUUGCAUCGGAUGGCAUGCAUAUAUCCACCCCCAGCAGAAUUAUCAACAAAACUACAUGACUAUUGAUUCAUGUCAGUUCCAGGCGUAGAUUUACUCCGAUUCGCAUAGUUAGCUACCGACCAUGACAUCAGCGGAUGUCGUCAUGAACUUCCCA